AUGGCUCUUCUGGAGCAUUUGAAGGUCGACCCCGGCAGUAUUCGCUUCCAGUUCGACGUGGGUCAGGAGCUUCGCAGCACCCUACGCUUCACCAACUUCAGCGACCAAACGCUGGUCAUCAGGCUCACUCCGGGCACUGCUCGCGCGUACACCAUCGUGGAUGGCGGCAUGCUGCUGCUGCCGCCCAACAGCCUGGAAGAGAAGUCAGUGCUGUGUGCAGCCUUUGACAAGAAGCCUUUCUGGUUCCCUGCUGACUUCUUCACUCUCGAAUGCUUCCUUGCUAACUCCAUUCAAGAGGUGGAGCUUGGUCGCGAUGUGGUGCCCAUAGGCCGUCGCCAGCUGCAAGUAGCCUUCAACGAACGGCCAGGAGGCAACUCGAUGCCCGCACUCUUCAGUAACUCUCAGUCGGGUCACAUGCGUGCCUUGGGUCUGCCUGGCGCCUUCUCUGCUGAUGAUCGCGCACAGGCGGAGGUGUAUGAGGCGAUGAAGCAGACGCUGAAGGAGAGCCAGGAGAAGCUGAUGGAGCGCGACGACACGAUCCGCGCGCUGAGGGAGGUGCUGGCGGCGCUGGGGCCCAAGCUCAAGGCGCGGGAGGACGAGCUGGAGGAGUAUGAAGUGCACGUGUGCGAGCUCAAGCAACGGCUGCUCAUGGCUGAGAAGAAGGUGAACGAGCUACAAACCGCUCUGGCCAUGACGCCCGAUAGAAUGAAGGCAGCACUGGAGGAGGCGGGGGAGAGGGAGGCGUCGUUGGAGGGCAAGUGCCGCAUGCUGGAGGGCGAGUGCGAGCGCAGCCGCGCUGCCAUCCUCGCCGCCCAGCAGCAGGCCGACUCCCUCACUCGCACCCUGAGAGUGAUGGAGAUUGAGAAGCUCAAGGCUGACAGGGAGCGCUCACAGCAGGUGCGCAGUGUGAGGGCGGAGAAGGUGGAGUUGGAGCACGAGGUAGCGCGCCUCAAGGACGCCCUCAAAGCAGCAGGCGGCCACCUCUCCUCUCCAGACAGGCCCGACCCCCCCCGCCGCCGCCUCUCCUCCCAGCUCUCUCCCCACAUCCCGAGCCGCCCAGGCUUCCCCACAUCCGCGUCUCUCUCAUCAGCAGAGACACCGGACAGGGAGGGCCGGAGGUCCUUCACGCGCUCCUCUAGCCGCAGCAGCCAGGACCUGGAGGGCCGCGAGGGGCUGGGGAGUGUUGACGAGUCGAGCCAAGGCGACAGGGAUGAGAUGUUUGAGACGCGGUCGGUGGAGAGUGUGGAGGAGGGGAGUGAGAGAGGAGGGGGGAGGAGAGGGGAGCGGGGACUGGAGGAGAUGGUGGGAGCGGACGGGGAGAUUGCGGAAGGGGGUGCAAGCAGCAAAGAGCUGUUUGCCCUGUUGGAGGGCGAGCGUGCGAGGGCAGCAGCAGGGGAGCGGCGGGUGCGGCAGUUGCAGGAGGAGAUGAGUCAGCUGCAGACAGACCUGGGCCGAUGGCAGCAGGCGGCGAGGGAGGGCGAGGAGGCGCGGCAGCAGGCGGUGGCAUGGCAACAGCGGUGUGCGAUGGUGCAGGAGGAGCUGCAGCAGCGCCGCAGCGAGGCAGGCUUCCUCACAGGCGAGGUCUCCCGCCUCCGCACGCUGCUGCAGGUGGGUUGGGUUGAAGGGGGGGGGUCGUUGGCGUUGGUAGGAGUCUGGCGAGCAGGGGGAUCCGGAACAGCAGGGGCUGCAGGGAGAAGCAAUGGGGACAACGACAGGGAAGCAUGCGCGCAGGGAGAGGAGGAGGGGCAGGGAUGGGCGGAGCCCGAGGGAGGCACAACAGGGGGCAUGUGUGCGGAUGGGUCAAUGAGCUUGCUAGGUGCUUCCUCUAGCAGCGCCCAUGCCUUGCAAAGUGGGUUCGGGGAGCCAGGCGAGGGCGGUGGGGACAGGGGCGGAGACAGUAGGGGGUCUGGAGGAGCUGGGGAAUGGAGAGAGGGGGAUUUGGAAAGAGGAGCAGCAGUGGGUGUGGGUGUAGGAGCAGGUGGGAGGGCUUUAGGGAGGGGCGAGCAGGCAGGGGCGGGAGGGGGAGAUGGGGCGGAGGGAGGGGAGGGGGUUGGGGGGGAGGAUAGGGCAGCAUCUGUUGCAGGUAGCGUGGAGGGUGGGAGGGCGGAAUGGGACGGGGAUACUGGUGGUAGUGUUGCUGGUGGUGGGAGGAAUGGAGGCGAGGCAACGCCAGCAGCAGUAGGAGGAUCGAUAGCAGCAGGAGGAGGAGUGUGGGAGAGGUGUGGGAGGGGGAAUGGGGGGAGUGGAUCGUCCAGGAGCCAUGAUGCAGAAGAGGCUGCUAUGCUGAGAUUCGAGGCGGCGCGGCUGAUGGAGUCGAUGGCAGCCAUGGAGGCGGAGAGGCAGCAGCUGCGCAUAGCGGUGCGCGACCGGGACGAGGUGGUCCGGCGCGUGGAGAGGGACGCGCAGGAGCUCCGAUACGCCAACGAGGAGGCGUCCACGCAGCUGGCAACGUAUCGCCAGCUCAUUGACAGCCUCUCCUCCUCCUCGCCGUCUCGCUCCCACCAGCACAUAGAUGUGGAGAGGGAGCGGGCGCAGCAGCGCAUUCUGCAGCAGCGAGUGGAGCAGCUAGCGCAGCAGGUGCAGGGGGGCAGGCAGGACAUGGAGGGGCUCCGCCAGGCGCUCAAGGCGGCCAGGGAGGACGUGGCUGAGAAGGACGUGCGGAUUAGGGAGCUGGUGAAGCAGCUGCAGCACUGCGAGAUGAGUGCAGCAUCUCAGCAGCAGAAGCUGCAGCAGGCUGUGAGGGCGGCAAGAGAGGAGGCGGAGGAGAAGGAGGAUGAGAUACAAGUGUUGGUGGAGAAAGUCAGAAGCAUGGAGCCUCAGGAGGGAGGUGAGGAGCAAGGGCGAGCACAGCAGCAGCAGCAGCAGCAGCAGCAGCAGCAGCAGGCAGAGCAGGAGUGGCAGUCGUUGCGGCAAGAGAAGGAGGCCUUGCGGAACGAGAACGAGGGCCUGAGGCAGGAGAAUGAGAACCUGCGGCAGGAGGUUGAGGGGAUGAAGGAGGACGCACAGAGGGCAGGGCAGGAGGGGGAGGAGUUGAGGAAGGCGGUGCAGGGGGCGAGGGAGGAGGUGGGGGAGAAGGAGGAGAGGAUUCGCGCCCUGCAGGACAGGCUGGAGCGGAUUGAGAUGCAGGAGGAGGAGUCAGGCCUACAGGACAUGCUGGCAGCGCUGCAGGCGUCAGUGCGGGACAAGGAGGAGACACUGCGGUCGCUCAAGACGGCGCUUGCUCUCUCAGACGCUCGCGCCAAGGAUGCCGGCUCGCAGCUAGAUCCUCUCAAGCUUGAGCUGCAGCAGCUGCGCCUGCAGAUGGACGAGCAGCAAGCAGCACGGGAAGAGGAGCUUCGACUGGUGGCAGCUCGAAUGGAGGAGCGCAAUAAGGCUCAGGAGGCGGAGCUUCAACAGUCAACAGCCACCAUGGAGGCCAUGAAGGCGGGUCAUGAGAGAGAGAUGGAGCAGAUCAAGAGAGCAAUGGCAGCAGCCAGGGCAGCACACGAAGCAGAGCUUCAGCAGCUCAGAGACACCACUGCAGCAGCAGCAGCAUCCCACGGGGGCGAUCUGCAGCAGCUCAAAGACCAGCUGGAGUCUUCCAAGGCAGCACACGAGGCAGAGCUCCGUCAACUGCUCGAUGAAAUGGAGGCGAUGAAAGCAAGCCAUGAGAGGCACAUGGAACAGGCCAAGGCAACCAUGGGGACGCCAGGGCCCAUUGUGGCAAGCAGUGCAGGGCACAGCAGUGAGGAGGUGGAAGCGCUGCAGAGGAGAGUGGCAGAGCUGGAGGCUACAGUGGAUGGCAAGACUCGUGAGUUGGCCAUGGCGUUGGAGUCAUCAGAGGGGGAUAUGCAAUCCGUGCUGGCACAACUGGAAAGCUGCAAGGAGCAGGAGAGGAAGCACAAGGAGCACGCGCAGCAGCUACAGGAAACCCUCAAAACCUACGAGCUGUCCCAGCUGCGCGCACAAGAGCUACAAUCUGCAAACGACGAGCUGAGGGACCAAUCGGAGCGGCUUUUAGCUGAGAUCCGGAGCUUAGAGAUGGUGGUGGCAGGGGUGGAGUCGUUUGAUCCGAGGCGGCCCAACCACCGGGUGCGGCUGCUGCGGCACCCGUCGUUUAUGUGCUCGGUGUGUCGGGGGAGUGGGAGCGGGAUUGCGUGGCGGUGCAUCACUGGGAGGUGUAGCGAUUCGAUUCACCUUUCUUGCUUGACUUCGAGGUGA